GGCGGAUCCUGGUCUGAGCAUAGCUAUUCCCAGGGGAGCCUCGGAAGCCACCCGCCGGAAAAAAGAUGCCUGCCUUCAACAGAUUGUUUCCCCUGGCUUCCCUCGUGCUCGUCUUCUGGGUCAGCGUCUGCUUCCCUGUGUGUGUGGAAGUGCCCUCGGAGACGGAGGCCGUUCAGGGCAACCCCAUGAAGCUGCGCUGCAUCUCCUGCAUGAAGAGGGAGGAGGUGGAGGCCACCACGGUGGUGGAGUGGUUCUACAGGCCCGAGGGCGGUAAAGAUUUCCUUAUCUACGAGUAUCGGAAUGGCCAGCAGGAGGUGGAGAGUCCCUUCCAGGGACGUCUGCAAUGGAAUGGGAGCAAAGACUUACAGGACGUGUCCAUCACUGUGCUUAACGUCACUCUGAAUGACUCCGGCCUCUACACCUGCAACGUGUCCCGGGAGUUUGCUUUUGAGGCGCAUCGGCCCUUUGUGAAAACUACACGGCUGAUCCCCCUCCGAGUCACCGAGGAGGCUGGAGAAGACUUCACCUCUGUGGUCUCGGAGAUCAUGAUGUACAUCCUCCUAGUCUUCCUCACCUUGUGGCUGCUCAUCGAGAUGAUAUAUUGCUACAGGAAGGUCUCAAAGGCCGAAGAGGCAGCCCAAGAAAACGCGUCUGACUACCUUGCCAUCCCGUCCGAGAACAAAGAGAGUUCAGCCGUACCUGUGGAGGAAUAGAGGCAUGCGCCUGGGGUGACGUACAGGGAACGGCCAGGGGCAGCGCAUCCGGACAGCAGCUGGUGCAAGUGACUGUGUCCAUCCACACCCAAGUGACUUUACAUCUGACCCCUUAGAUUUCUACCCUACCCAGAGUCCCCGCCCUCAGGGUACUACCUGAAGUCGAUGAUACCCAGGUCACAAAGCUCUACAUCAAGCCCUUCAGAAGGUGAAUUGCUUUGGCCUGAGUGUUGGAGCAACUUGAACGUCUUUCCCACCGCGACAAAAACUCCCCCACUCCCUCCUUUGUAAGGAUUGUGGAUUUGGUCAGAGUCUUCGGCUGGGCUGGACUGGGCCAGGCUGGAAAUUCUCAGUGAGUUGUUUUAUCGUUGGUAGGUGGUCUGGACCCCGAGGACGGGAUAUUCCAGAUUCAAUGAUAUCAACGGCAUCAGAAGGGUGCCCCAGGGGCCACAUCGCUUUGCCUCCUGCAUCCAUCCUUCUAGUCACUCAUAUCUGCUCACAUCUGAACUUUCACCUCUGACUUCCUAACUCCAUCAGACCUCUGCACACCCUAAGACUUUGCCAGAACCGAGGAGCCAACAUUUCUAUGUGGACUCAACCUCACCCUGUUCUAGCUUUCAAGCGAGGAGCUCCCAUGCCAACCGGACUUCCUCCCUGGGCUCCAAAUGACUCUGUACAAAUGCUGGAGAUGGCACAUCCCUCUGUCCCUAACUAGCUGGAACUGGCUCGUCCUUCAUUGCUGCAAGUGAAUGGAUGUCUUCAUGGAAGGAAGCGGGAAUGAUUAAUUCGGGUUAAAGCAAGAGUGUCAUGAAGUGGGAUUCCUUGAAGCCAGUUUUUUUCAAGUCCCUGGCCUACCUGACUAGAGCAUCAGAGCAAAGCAUGCCUUUCUAGGUUCUUCAGUGAUAGAAAGUUUAUUAAGCCUGGACCAAAAUGUGCUCGGAACUUGGUACUCUAGGGCUCGAUCCCGAUAGGUCUCUAAGGCUUAAGCGGGGUUCAGUCCUUCAAGAAGCCAAAGACAGAAGUGGCUCUUAAAAGUCAUGCAACAGGUUCAUAACCCUAUUGGGGUAGCACGGGUGCACCCUCCAAGGGGAGCACCCACCUGAGAUCGCUGGGAAGCACUAUUUCCCUGUGGGCAUUGGAACAGAAAUUCCUAAAUUCUUCCUCUCAAAAUUCCUGUAGAUCAGUAUUAUUCCUCAUUUCACAGGAGACAACUGGGACUCCAGACCGGGCUCAACUGAGUAAGAGACUUCAGAGGCUAACCUGGGGCAUAAUAAGCCUUAGAUGCUGUCCAGUCGGGACUUUCAGAGACGGGAUGAUUUUGUUUUUAAAAAGACCUUGAAACUGAGCUUGGCUGUGGCCAUGCCUCAUCCCCAAUCAUGGGGGUGGGCUGGGUGAUGGGCUUGGAUUGCCUGGCUAAGGUUAACUCUGAUAGCGUCAGGUAACUGGAAUCCGGCUAAAAGGCCCAGAGUAGGACAUGGGGUGGACUGGAAGAAUUACCUCAGUGAACAUGAAGAAUCUUCCAGAAGGACGUUGCCUCUGGGAAUACUUAAACUAAGAAAUGUGCUUUUUAGUCUUAGAUGGAUGACAUGUGAAUGAGUGAAGAGACGGGCAGGGAUCAUUGACUUCCAAAUAUUCCACCCACGAAUCCAUGAUGUCUCUCGCUGUUGGGUAUUUUUCUGGAUUUUGGGAGAGCAGAGGAACACUGAAAAAAUUUGAGUCAGUGUCUCAUUUCAUUUCAACUGAGUGACUGGUCCAAGUGUGAUGUCCUUCGGCACCUAGUGAUGAGGAAGGGGAAGGCUGCUUUAUGGGAUAUGAAAGCACGGCGGCGGCAGGGCCCAGGCAGUGAGAUGUCCCUCAGAUCUGGGGGAAUGUGUGAGGGAAAGAGCACACUCCACAGGCUCUGGGGCUCACCCAACAAAUCUUUCAACUCUUCCAUCCUUGGGAGGAUCUGCUUGAAACAAGUCCUUGUUCACAUCUUCAAGAGUCCAAUUUUAUUGAAGAAAAUACUUUCAGUAAACUCAAGCAAGACCUUUCUCGUUGGUAAUUUCCCACACAAUUCCUCUGAAAUAGGCGGCAGA